AUGGUCUCGGACGAGCACUACGAGAUGUGCCUGCCCAUCCUGCAGGAUUUGACACUGGAGGAUGAGGACAAGACAGACAGGCUUGAGGAGCUCUUCCGCAAGGAGACGUCCCUUACCGGCGUCUCGCUCGACAACGCCAUAUUAGACGCCCUAUGGCGCUAUCGCGACGGAGGAGGAACUUCCACCUCGCCGCCUCCAAUAAGGCAGACCAUCUUGCGACGUCCUUCUCCGGCCUCCUGGCGCGGUUCGCCCACUCCUCUUUCUGGAUCUCCAAGACUCGCCGUGAGCCCGCUUGCUCCUCCGGGCUUUGUCCCCUCCACUUUUGGCAGGGCCAAGUCCUCGACAGCCUCGCCCUUCUCAUCACCGCGCGCCUCGCCUCGCCUGGCUCUCGCGACUCCUGUGAUCCCCCAUAGCCCCAACCUGAACGCAUACGAGUUUGCCAGUGAUCCAACCCCCGCAACUGAGAUUCUGGGAGACUAUCAGGCCGAAAACGUUGAGUGGCUUGUCAACGAUGACGCAGUCAGCGUGACUUCGUCUGUCGGCGCAUCAAGUGUCGUCUCCAGCGGGCUCAACGCUGCGGCACCAGAAUUCUCGUCCAUGUCGGCGCAAUCAGCCGAUAUGUCUCCAUAUGACAUGUUGCGCUCCAUUCUUGGACAGGCCAAGACAGACGACGAGAUUGAGGCUGCUCUAGCACUCCACGGCUAUGACCUCAGCGCCACCAUCGUCUCCUUCAUGGAGAGCCAGGCUCAAGAGAAUGCUCAGUCUGGCGGAGUCCCGUUGGAGGAACCCAAGAACGUAUUGAUCGGAAAGUCGGUCGAAGGCCGCCCAACUACUCCUCUUGGCCAACAAAAGUCUGGGGUCAUCUGCAAGUUCUACAUGUCGACAGGUCAAUGUCUGCGUGCAGAUUGCCGCUUCAGUCAUGACCUCAGCAACCAUCUCUGCAAAUAUUGGGUCAUGGGCAACUGCCUGGCUGGAGAGACUUGCAUCUUCUCGCAUGAUCCUGCGAAACUGAUGAACAAGCUUGCGCUCGAUGGAGCCAACACCCCGCCGUCAAAGCAAGGGAACUUGCAGCUACAGGAUCUCAACUCGUUCCCAUCGCUCCGCCCCGGGACUCCUGAUCACCUUGGUGGAUUCGCUGGAGGCAACAACUUUCCCGCUGUUGGCAUUACGCCUCCGCCUGGAUUGAAGCAUCUGCAUGGCACUUCCAGCCCUCGGGCGCGGUCUCGUCCUGGCAGUCGGCAUCAGACUAGAGAGUCGGAUGCCUCUGCACCCGCCCUUGACGACAAUGACGCUUUCCCCUCAUUGGGGUCUGCUUCUAUCAAGCAAGGCAAAAAGCACCAUGGGAAGCGUGGCGGCCAUGGCCACGGGCACAAGGAGAACAUGACGCUGAGCUCGCUGGCUGAUAUUGUCAAGAUGUCGCCCUCCCCCAGUCCAGGAUCGCCCCGACCCGAGUCUAAGAGAGGAAUGCGGAACGGCAACGCCCCGUCAACGCGAAACGGGGAGAAUAGUGCCGCGGCCCAGGCAAUUCCCAACCCCAAGCACAUCCCCUGGCUGGAAACGGGCGAACGGGCCAAUAAGGCGUAUCUGAAGGCUCGCCAGGAAGCUAUCAAGCACGGCGGCCUUCGCAACAAGUUCCUACAAAGCGCCGCACAAGCCUGGAACCGUAAUGACGCCAGAGCUGCCAAGGCCCUGAGCCUUCGUGGACAGAGCGAGAAUGAUCUCAUGCGAAAGGCGCAUCGUGAGGCUGCUAGAGAGCUGUAUGAAGAGCGCAACAAGGGCAACACGAGCGGGCUGGAGCUCUAUGUGGACCUUCACGGUCUACAUCCCGAGGAGGCGGUUGAAUACCUGGAGAAGGUUCUCAUGGAGAACGGCAGGGAGUCCCGGCCCAUCUACGCCAUCACUGGAUCUGGACACCACAGCAAGAAUGGCAAGGACAAGGUGGGCAGGGCUAUCCGCAACUUUCUCAACGAGUGGAGGUACGCGUACCGGGAGUUCUCGGUGCCUGGAGACCGCAACAACAUGGGAGGGAUCCUAGGCAUCGACGCUCGUAGCUGGGACAAGUCGCUUUCCAAGGACGGCUCCGGCUCGGAUGACAAGGAGGAAGAGGUGGACAUACUGAGCCAGGGCGUAGAGAUUGGCGACGGCAAGGUCAGGCUUCUGAUGACGCGAGGCAGGAUAGAAAGAAAGAAGUAA